AUUUUAUUGAAAAAAAAAAAAAAAAAAACAAGAACGGAAGUCUCGUGAAGUGGGAAUAAUUACAUUCUCACAUCUUUACGACUGUUGCGAUUUCUACAAAUUUUACCCGAGUUUAAUAAAAAAAAUAUAUAUAUAUAUAUUAGAACCAUUUCAAGUACAUUUACGGUGAAGGUGCAAUAUUGGAUACAUCUCAUUGUAUCUCAUCGGAGUUUCCCCUGUAAGAUCUAUCCGCCAUUCUUCCUCCGUCCGAGAUACAUCGGGGACCAUGCGAUUUACCCCCGGACACUAUUGGUUGCUACUAGUCGCGGGUACGUUCUUCGUCUGCUGCUUAUGGAAGACCGGAUCGAUCAGUCGUUGGAGUAUGCGCGCAAAAGCUUUGAUCCACUUCGACCUAUCGAUCCCGUCAUCAUCAUCUUCGUCGUCGUCGUCAUGGACCACUCCGCGUCGUCCCCCCUUCGAUAGAAUCGACGCAAGACUGUCCGCUCGUCGGAAACAUCGGGGCACUCUUUCUAGAUACAUGCUACAGCUGUAUCAUCGGCGUCCGGAUGCCGAUAUAGUCCGUGCAAUUCAGCCGGUGCAUACUUCCGGGCCGCUCCGCGACGGCGGCAGGAUCCUGGAGUUCGCGAUUCCAUCGGUCGACAUCGACGAGACGCUGGAGGCCGCGGAGUUGCUUGGAAUAGCCGGUGCGAUAAUUCGGGUGCGAUCAUUGAAUGAUCUGCCGGCGAGGAAUGGAAGCGAGGAGAUCUUAAGAUCGAGAAAGGACGACACCUGGCGCGCCUUUGACGUCACGUCCGCCGUCGCCGGCAGAAAUAGCGAUGACAUUGUCCGUCUCCACGUUCAUGGCAGACUGACCUAUUGUCCUUACGGCGACAGUCCAAUUCUCCUUUUGAAUUACAGCAAGACGGGUGGAAUCCAGCGCCGUCGUCGAUCCGCGGAGGAUCAACAGGAGGAGCAGGAUCAUUGGGAUGAGGAGACGCCGCGUAGACGACGUCGGAAUGGCUGCCGUCGACGUCCGAUGUACGUGGAUUUCGCCCUCAUCGCUUACGAUGACUGGGUGGUCGCGCCACCCGGAUACGAGGCUUAUCAGUGCUCCGGCAAGUGUUACUUUCCGUUCGGCGAUCAUCUUAGUCCGACCAAGCACGCGAUAGUGCAGACGUUGAUACAUGGGGCUCUUCAAGCUAGCGAGGAUCUCGGCGGCAACAAAUUCGUUGGCAGAGCUUGCUGCGUACCCACCAGAUUGGCACCUACUAGUCUGCUUUAUAUGGACGCCAGCGGCACUUUAACCUACGAAUACGGCUACGAAGACAUGGUCGUCUCUGAAUGUGGUUGUCGCUAAUAAAUAGGAUGGUGGAGUUGUAUGCCGUGCGAAAAGAGUGCGCAUUUUUUUCCUUUUUUAUUAACAGCGAAACGCUUACGUCGUAGAAAUGAGUGUACAAAAUAUAAAAUAUAAAUACAGUUGAGCCUCGAUAUAAUAGAUCUUGAAGAGAAUAAAUGCGCUAUGUCUUCAUUGUACGUAAUGUUAACAAAAAUAAGAGAAUGUGAAGUAAUAGGGAUAAUGAAUGAAAGAGAUAAGUUAUAUUUUAAAGUAAUCACACACAUAGAACGAGAUCUUGAUGAAAUUAUCAUUAUUUCUUCAUGAUAAUCAUAUCAAGUAGAAAAUAAAUAUUGCAAAAAUUUGCAGAGAUUCCAAUUCCUUGUUCUAAAAUUAUUAUGGCAAUAUUAAUUUCUUCCCUCUAUCGAUGAAUGCAUUUUCGAGUAACUUCAAUUAACUUAGAGUAUUAUAUUGAGGCCCAAGUGUAACGUUAUCUAUUGAUCCAUAAUCCAACUGUCCAUCGAUUUCAUAUAUAUAAACGCUGCCAUAUUAUCGUACUCAAAUAUUUGCACUAUCCUUACACUAUAGAGAUUCACAAUGGUAAAAAAAGUUUUAUAUCGCACCUAAUAUCUAAAAAAGUUACUGAGCAAUCUUUAAGGUGCCGUUAACUGAACGCGAAUUUCGCACACAUUUCAUCGUUCUUUUGGUUGAGCUUGUAAGACCUGCCGGGCGAAUGAAUCUUUGUCCGGCGUGUUUUCCUCAAUCUGUGCCGGCUGCCAGGUAUUCUCUCGAUCUUGUAAACCUGCUGCUUCACCGUGGUGACCGGCUGGCUGAGCCUCAUACACAAUGACACCGGCCCAGAAAAGUCUACGUCGGUGGACAGUUCGAGCUUGGGUUCCAUCGCCAUCGAGAACUCCGCUUUACUCUGCACGAAACUCGAGUGCACCUUGGUGCCACCGUGGAUCAUCACACCAGCAUUCAUUUCUACCAAGGACCGUGCAUUUCUCGACCAGAGACUUAGCUGGAUCUGGCCAGCCAGGUCAAAGCUCACGGCGCCCUGAACGUCGAUCUCGACGACAAAACCGGAUCCCAAUGGCACGUACUGGUUGUGAUUAUAAAGGGAAGCAAGAGCCUGGAAAGCAGGGGUCCUCUCGGACGCCGUGCCGGACCAGACGUGGCCCAUCAGCUCGCCCUGGCCAGAAAAGAAGACGAACGGCCGCACGCCGACACCGAGAAAAUCUAUUUCCAUACCGGCAGUAGCCACUUCAUCGUCGGCUUCCGCUCCAUCGUCCUGGCUCGAGACGAAGCUGCCGAGACCACCCGCGAAUAAUCCCAGCGAGAACAUCGUUUGCCGUUCUUUGUUAGUCUCCAGCACGACGUCUACAAUGCCGCGCUUCAGCAGACCGGAAUUUACCUCUUGAAUAGUCACCAAGGAGCCGUUGCUCUCGGGCGAACGCAAAAAGUUCCUCGUAAAGGCGGUACUGAGGCCCCUCUGUGCUCGUACGUGAUAAUUGUUAACCGUCGUACCACCGGUCGCAUAUAUAUUCCUUAGGUAUCUGGCGAAUUGUUCGUUCUUCUCG